AGGGUGAGGAGAGAGAAAAAUAAAUGGAAAUGAAUCUCUGAAUAAAGAAAGGCAUCAAGAGGGAGAGAGAAAGAGAGAUAAACAAAUCCAGCCCGCACUGCUGAGCGCAUUGGAGUCAAAACCGACCGUCCCUUUCUUUCUUCUGACUUUCCCCCUCUUGCUCCUGUGAUGUCCUCGUCCUCUUUCUGAGUCUCAAAAACUCGCGAUUCAGCGCGAGAGAGAAAAAUGAGGAAAUUUUCCAUGCAAGAGUUGCUCUUGGUUCCCUGAACCUGUCUGGAUUCUGCUCUAAGGACAGGCUUUCCUUCUUUUGUUGAGUCCUUGCAACCUGUCUGGAUUUUGUGAUCAGUGCUGUGCGUGCGUAUUCUUGAUGCUUGGAUGCAUGCAGCCUAGCAAGGUGGUGUGAGUUUUGGCGAUAAUUCCUUCCGGGGCCCUUGCAGUCGUUCAUGCCCUGCAGGAAAAGAAGCUUCUUUUCGGAUCCCGCCGCUGCCUCUCGACGGAGAUGGGAGGAUUCCAAUGGAUGUUCCACUUCUUGCUCGUCUCCGUUCUGCUCUACGGCCAUGGCGGCCAGUCCCUGAACCAGACGUGCCAUCCCACGGACCUGGAGGCGCUUCUUGCCUUUUCCAAUGGCUUGGACAGGACGGGCGCCGGGCUUGUCGGAUGGGGUCCCGACGACGCCGCCUGCUGUUCCUGGACCGGCGUUGCCUGCGAUCUUGGGAGAGUGGUCGGGUUGGAUCUCUUCAACAAGAGCCUCCAUGGCGGCAUAUCCUCUUCGGUGGCCUCCCUCCAUGGCCUCGCCACGCUAAACCUCUCCCGGAACUCGUUUCGCGGCCAGCCGCCGGCGGAGCUUGGCCUGCUCGCGGGGCUGCGGGUGCUCGACCUCAGCGCGAACGGGCUCUCCGGCCCGUUCCCAGCCAGCGACGACGGCUUCCCGGCGAUCGAGGUGGUAAACGUCUCCUUCAACGGCUUCAACGGGCCGCACCCUGCGUUCCCCGGCGCGGCGAACCUGACGGUUCUUGAUAUCUCCGGCAACGCCUUCUCCGGUAGCAUCAACGCCUCCGCGCUCUGUGCUGGGCCGGUUGAGGUUCUGCGGUUCUCGGGGAAUGCUUUCUCUGGUGAGGUCCCCGGCGGCUUUAGCCGGUGCAAGGCGCUCACCGAGCUCUCUCUCGACGGCAAUGGCUUAACUGGGAACCUUCCCAGCGACCUGUACACGUUGCCGAAGUUAAGGAGGUUGAACUUACAGGAAAAUCAGCUCUCGGGCAACCUCGGCAAUGGCCUCGGUAACCUCUCUCAGCUUGUGCAGCUUGACUUGUCCUAUAACAGAUUCACUGGCAACAUCCCUGAAGUGUUUGGAGGUAUGAGGAGGCUGGAGUCCAUUAGCUUGGCCUCCAAUCGUUUCAAUGGCGAAUUACCUGCUUCCCUGUCGAGGUGUCCAAUGCUGAGGAUAAUCAGCCUAAGGAACAACUCGCUGUCUGGUGAGAUUGCUAUUGAGUUCAACAUGCUGCCGAGGCUGAACACUUUUGAUGCUGGAACCAACAAUCUGAGUGGUGCUAUACCUCCUGGCUUUGCUUGGUGCACCGAGUUGAGGACGCUGAACCUUGCAAGGAACAAGCUUGUGGGGGAGAUUCCAGAGAGCUUAAAGAAUUUGAGAUCCCUGUCGUAUCUCUCAUUGACAGGGAAUGGUUUCACCAACCUGCCAUCGGCAUUGCAAGUGUUGCAGCACCUGCCCAACCUGACGAGCUUGGUGCUCACCAAGAAUUUCCGUGGUGGUGAGACAAUGCCAGUGGAUGGCAUCAAUGGGUUCAAGAGCAUGCAAGUGCUUGUCUUGGCAAACUGUUUACUUUCGGGCGUGAUUCCGCCUUGGCUGCGGAACUUGGAGAGCCUCAAUGUGCUUGACAUUUCGUGGAACAAGUUAAAUGGGAAUAUCCCACCAUGGUUAGGGCAUCUGAACAAUCUAUUCUACAUCGACCUGUCAAACAAUUCGUUCAGUGGAGAGCUUCCUGGGAGCUUUACACAGAUGAGGAGUUUGAUUUCAAAUAAUGGCUCGAGUGAGCAGUCAUCAACAGAUGACCUCCCAUUAUUUAUCAAGAAGAAUUCAACUGCCAAAGGUUUGCAGUACAACCAAGUCAGCAGCUUUCCACCGUCGCUGAUACUCUCAAACAACUUGCUUGUUGGGUCACUCUUGUCAAGCUUCGGUCAUCUUGUGAAUCUUCUUGUGCUGGACUUGAGCUGGAACAACUUCUCAGGGCCAAUUCCUGAUGAAUUGUCAAACAUGUCGAGCUUGGAAAUACUAAAUUUGGCCCACAACGAUCUCAAUGGGACAAUACCGUCAUCUCUAACAAAGCUGAAUUUUCUCUCCAAGUUUGAUGUGUCGUACAACAAUUUGGCUGGAGACAUCCCAACUGGUGGGCAAUUCUCCACAUUCACAAAUGAGGAUUUUGUAGGCAACCCUGCACUCUGCCUUCUUCGGAAUUCCUCCUGCUCAGAGAAGGCUAAAUUAGGGGAAGCUGCACAUCGUAAGAAGAGUACAGCCGCCCUUGUCGCCCUUGGACUGGGAACUGCAGUUGGGGUUGUUUUUGUCUUGUUCUGUGUUUAUGUGAUUGUGUCAAGGAGUGUAUGUUCAAGAAUGCAGGAACGCAAUCGAAAGGCCGUAGCAAAUGCUGAAGAUUGCUCAGAGUCUUCUAACUCAUGCCUGGUGCUGCUUUUCCAAAACAACAAAGAACUCGGCAUCGAGGACAUCUUGAAGUCCACCAACAACUUUGAUCAAGCUUAUAUAGUUGGAUGUGGUGGUUUUGGCCUUGUCUACAAAUCAACACUGCCAGAUGGGAGGAGAGUUGCGAUCAAAAGGCUUUCAGGCGACUUCUCUCAGAUUGAGCGGGAGUUCCAAGCUGAGGUGGAGACACUUUCACGGGCUCAACAUGAAAACCUUGUCUUGCUGCAAGGUUAUUGCAAGGUCGGCAAUGAUAGGCUAUUGAUAUACUCAUUUAUGGAGAAUGGCAGCUUGGAUUACUGGCUUCAUGAGAGGGCUGAUAGUGGUGUGCUACUAGAUUGGAGAAAGAGACUACGGAUAGCACAGGGUGCAGCAAGGGGGCUGGCAUACUUGCAUAUGUCUUGUGAUCCCCACAUAUUGCAUCGAGAUAUCAAGUCAAGCAAUAUCCUUCUGGAUGAGAACUUUGAAGCCCAUCUGGCUGAUUUUGGUUUAGCAAGGCUCAUCUGCGCGUAUGAGACACAUGUCACCACAGAUGUAGUGGGAACCUUGGGCUACAUUCCUCCUGAAUAUGGGCAAUCGCCUGUAGCAACUUACAAGGGUGAUGUCUACAGCUUUGGUAUUGUUCUGCUCGAGCUACUCACUGGUCGAAGGCCUGUGGACAUGUGCAGGCCAAAAGGGAGCAGAGAUGUUGUGUCGUGGGUGCUUCAGAUGAAGGAGGAGGGCAGGGAAACUGAAAUUUUCCAUCCAAGCAUACAUGACAAGGAGAAUGAAAGCCAGUUGAUGAGAGUCCUCGAGAUAGCAUGCCUUUGUGUGACUUCUGCUCCCAAGUCGAGACCAACAUCACAGCAGUUAGUCUUAUGGCUCGAUGACAUUGCAGAAAACUGAAGUAAAUGCAGUUAUGAAGCUUCCAGUGGUAUCAAUUUGCUUGAGCAGGCUGAACAGGUUCAGCCUAAUAGCUUAUAAAGAUUAUUAGUUGUACAUAAUAUGUGCAUAGCGUGAAAUGCUGAGAGUUCUCUUGUCUUGCCCUCUUCUCAAGUAAAAUGAUACGAGCAUCCUCUUUUCUUCAUAAGGUGGUUGCAAGAUCACCAGAGUGUAAAAAUACUCUGUAGGUUUAAACCCUCAGUGCAAUAACCAAGCGUUUAUAUGAGCAGCUUUUCUACAAAUUUGUGGGGUCUUGUAAUUUCUGUUACUCAUAUGGUACAAAUCUUGGUGGGUCUUC